GCCUUCUUCUUUUGCAUGCACAUAGCAAGCACACGCAGCACCAUUGUUUCGUGCCCCUUUAGUAGUCCUGCUCCAGUGCCUAUACCCUAGCUGCCUCUUCCCCUUUUCUUGUACAACCUCACUUACAAGUGCCAGCGGACAAGGAUGGCGCUGCCAGCAGCGAUCUCGUGCCUCCUCCUCUCCCUCCUCGUCGCCGUCAUGCCGCUCCCAGGAGCCGGCGAGGAGCGCGUGCGGGUAGGCAGCGUCCUCAUCAAGUGCUACGACCCGGAGCCGGCGGCCCUCACCAACGCCACGGAGUUCCGCGCCAGGCUGCUCCCGCUCCUCGCCAAGCUUCCCUCCGCCGCCGCACCCACGGGCUUCGCCUCCCUGAACUCCACCGGCCGCGCGUUCGUCCGGGGCAUGUGCUUCGGCCAGGCCACGGUGCCGUCGUCCGACUGCCUCCACUGCCUGUCCCUCGCCGUCAGGAACCUCACCUCCGGCUCCGGCUCCGGCUCCGGCUGCGGCGCGGCCACCCGGCGCGCCGGCAUCUGGACGGAGCGCUGCUACGUGGCCUACGCGGACACCAACGCCUCCUCCAACGCCGAGUACGCCUUCCGCUCCCGCGUCCUUCUCACCGGCAACGACGCCGCCCCCGACGCGCCGACAUUCUACUCCUACUACCUGCAUGCUUGGCUCCUCGCCAACCUAGCGCAGCCGGCGGCGCUGAGCGCGGCCGCCAACAUCUCGGCGCCGCGGAUGACGGCCACCGCGCACGCUGCCACCCCCGCGGACGACGCCGUGAGGAGCGCGGUGCACGUGCUGGCGCAGUGCGCAAGGGACCGUACGGCGGCGGAGUGCGCCACGUGCCUGCAGGACUCGGCGCGGGCGUUGGACUGGGACCUCGACGCCGACCGCCGCGACGGCGGCGUGGCUGCGGCGGUGGUGGGCUUCAACUGCUACCUCCGCUUCAACGUCUCCACUGCAGUGAAAACUUACCCUGACCAAGUAUUUCAGCUUCCUCUGCUUCCUCUUUACAUCACCAUUGGAAUCCUAGCUGUUCUAGUACUUGUGCUCAUUGCCGUCUGCCUGCUCUCCAGGGCUUAACUACAUAUCUGGUGAUCAGAGCAAGCAAGCUCCCGGCAACAAGACGCUGUGUUGAUCGUGGAUCUGUGCUUGUCUUUCCUUGUUAGUUACCCGUGUGGUUGAUCAGAAGAUCCAUGCGUAUCUCUGUUUAGUUUGUUCAUUUAUAUGCAUGUCAUCAGUAGCAUUCACUUUUAAUUGAUUCAUAUUUAGUAUAACUUUAUACUAAAUUAGAGUCAAUUAAAGAAAAACGGAGGGAGUAGUUAUGCAGUACUAGUACUCGCUACUUGAACCUAUAUCUAUGUGGUCAGUUAAUUAAGCAGAGAUGCAUAUAUUUAUGUGGUAUAUAAAUGGGGCGCCCUGGGUUGAUUUGAA